AUGAAAAACGCAAAAGACUCAUUUAUUUUGAAUGCUGAUCAACAGCCAGAGUCUUUGGAACUGAAUCAUAAAUUCAAUCCUCAAAAAUGGGAUAAUAUCACUUGUUAUUAUUUGCAUUACCAAGGUUGGAAUCUGAAAUGGGAUGAAUGGGUAGGUAUCGAUAGGAUAUUGGAAAUCAACGAUGAAAACAAAUACAAGAAACAGGAAUUAGAACAGUUGACGAAAAGAAAACGUGUUAAAAGAGAACUGUCAGUUGAAGCAUCGGGUAAAAAUGCUCAUGGAAACAAAAAGUCUAAAAGUAGCAGUUCCGGCUCAGCAUCAUCAUCCACCAAUACCAAUUCCCAAUCCAAAGCAGUCAAAAAGUCAGUUACGGUUAAUCUUUGGUUCCCUCCCGAGUUGAAAUACUUGCUAGUUGAUGACUGGCAAUAUAUCACCAAGGACAAAAAAUUGGUUGAUUUACCAAGUGAACAUUGCGUUUCAGAUAUCCUUCAAGAUUACAAGACAUGGAGAUCGAAAAAACUUAAAGCACAUCAAGUAUCAAUUUUGACUGAAAUUUUACAAGGUUUGGAGAUUUAUUUUGACAAAUCAUUAAGUUUACUCUUGUUGUACAAGUAUGAAAAUUUACAAUAUUUGGACUUGUUGAAAAACAACACCAUUAAUCAAAACCAUAGUCAAGUCAAGGUGUAUGGAUUAGAACAUCUACUAAGGUUAUUGGUGUCGUUACCUGGACUCAUUAGCCAAACUACGAUGGAUGCGCUAAGUAUAAGUGUUUUGAUCCUGGAGGUGGAAGAGUUGUUGAAGUUUUUAAAAGAUCGAAUCAGUGAGUACCAAAGUGAAUACGUGUAUACCAGUCCGCAAUAUGAUAGUUUAGCGAGAUCUUAA